AAUCCACCGAACUGUUUUUGGAUAAGGGUCGAAUAACCCCUUCUCAUUCCAGAAGACGUUAGAAACAAGAAGCCAAGGAAAAGGCCACUCCCCAGAUUGCUCAAAGAAAUCGAUCGCCGCCCCAAUGGAUUGCGGAUGUGCCCUGAGCUCUUUGUCGUCCUCAACCGCUUCCCCCAAAUUCACUUCAGCUCACAACAUGCUUGUUGGAAACACUACCUCAAUCUUCUGUUCUUUCAAUCAAAUUGCAACCAAUCAGGCUAACGGUGUCGUUUCACGUAGAUUUCACUCUCAGAUCCGUGCAGUUUCAAAUGAAGUAGGUAGCAGGAAUAAGAGAAUAAGCAGUCUUGAAUCUCUUUUUUGCUAUGACAAGUCUGUGCCUGAGGAAGUUAUAGAGAAACCUCUUGGGCUGUCUUUGGUUGAGAAAAAUAUCGGAAAUAAACCUCCUUGUGGUGGUUGUAAAGCAUCAGGCGCAGUACUAUGCAAAACGUGCUCUGGUUCGGGCUUAUAUGUCGACUCUAUUAUGGAAUGUCAAGGAAUUAUUGUUAAAGUUCGAUGCUUAGGUUGUGGUGGGAGUGGAAACAUAAUGUGCUUAGAAUGUGGCGGCCGAGGUCAUCAAUGAAUCCCAUUUUUUGGCUGUGUUUGGUUAGUGGCGUAUUGGGGGCAAAACGCCAUUCUUUUAACAAAGAAAAUGCAAGAAUAUCUUUGAGCAUGAAACGCCAAGAAACAAACAUCACCUUUGUUGUUUAUACUCAUAAUGUAUGUUCUGUAGCUCUACAGAGUUGAAUCUAUAAGAGUGAAACACACCAAAAUCAAGACUUCAUGUUACAUACAUAGUUGUUCACGAGUCAUCAGAAUAUGUUGUGAUCAAUAAUGAAUAAAUGGUGUUGCUUUUUUUGUCAUUCUUUUUUGUUAUACUCAUAGUGUAUGUUCUGUAGCUCUACAAAGUUGAAUCUAUAAGAGUGAAGCACACCAAAAUCAAGACUUCAUGUUACAUACAUUAGUUGUUCACGAGUCAUCAGAAUAUGUGAUCAAUAAUGAAUAAACGGUGUUGCUUUUUUGUCAUUCUUUUUUGUUGUACUUGAGAUAAUGCACUAUUAAACUCGAAUAUUUGUUUGUACUGGGAAGGCUGCUCAUUGCUACUCCAAAAUUGAAUAAUUC